AUGUACGCUACUGGCGAGAACUACCGUUCUCUGGGUGCCGAUCCCCAAUUCCAGUCGUCAGUAAUUAAUACCAACGUUAUAGUGUCAAAUACAGGAGAAGUCGUUUGGUUAAGCCAUGGGAUUUACAGAUCUUCCUGUGAUAUAAAUGUAGAAUAUUUUCCAUUCGAUUUACAAAGCUGCCAAAUGAAAUGGGCCUCUUGGACUUAUGAUGGAUAUCAGGUGGAACUAGUUAAACAAACAGAAGAAGGUGAUGUCAGUAAUUACCAGGCUAAUGGAGAGUUCGAUCUCAUUAGUUUUUCGUCGGUAAAACAUGUUGAAUACUAUUCAUGUUGUCCAGAACCAUAUCCAGAUAUAACAUAUACAAUAAAAUUAAGAAGAAGGCCUUUGUUUUAUGUUUUUAACUUAAUAUUACCAUGUAUUUUAAUAAAUGGAAUAGCUCUUUUAGUAUUUUAUGUGCCAUCCGAAUCGGGGGAAAAAGUUACACUUGGUAUAAGUGCCCUCUUAUCCAUGACUGUCUUCCUCAUGACAAUACGGGAGACACUUCCACCAACGGAAAAAACGCCUUUAAUAAGCAUGUACUAUGGAGUCAGCAUAUGCCUUGUUUCAUUUGCUUCGGCUCUUUCCGUGGUUACCUUAAAUAUAUACCACCGUGGUGUUAGAGGAUCUGCUGUUCCCAGGAUACUACGGACUCUAGUUUUAGAAAAAAUGGCCCCUUUAGUUUUUAUGAAAUUCGAAAAUCACCACACACCGAUACAGGAAAUUAAUCCCCAAACAGGCACCAGACUAGAUUGCCCUUGGCCUUGGGUAGAUAAAAACAUACAAGAGGAUGGAUAUAAUUUACAGCAGCGCCAACAAAGAUCUCCAAAAUUUCUUCCGAGAACUAGAGGAAAUGACUUAGAUGCAUUUGAAAGUCAAGUAAUCCGAAUUCUACACAAAGUCCACUCAAGUUUAGAUAAAAACGACCAUCGAAUGACUGAUCAAGAUAGAAGAGAUCUAACAGAAUUAGAAUGGAAGCAAGCGUCCAUCGUUCUCGACAGAUUUCUUUUGGCAAUAUUUCUUCUUAUCACCGUUAUCAGUACAGCUACUAUUUUAUGUCGUAGUCCUAAAGAUCAAACCUAAAGCGAUAAUAUAAAAAGUUUGUUGUGUUAACUACGUAAAGAAUGAAUCAUUUAUAUGUAUGUAUAAAGAAAGUAAAGUGCUGAAAAUGCCGUUCGGAGUACGGAGAAAAGUUACUUUACAUUCAAUUUACGCACAAUAUUUUUUCUACAAUCAUACAUUUUUAUAAAGGUAAAUUAUUAGAAGAUAAAUACCUUUGUAGUUUGUAAAUUAAUGCAGAUAUAGGCCAUUUUAAAAAAUACAGCCGCGGCAAGAAACACUACUUUUAAAUCAGCAAAUGUUCAAGAGAUAGCGCACAUCAGGCUCAGGCCAAAUGAUAUCACGCCAGAGGUAUUAUGGACAAAUGUAUCAUAUUAGUAAUAUUUAUGAACUUUACCAUUUUAAAAGACGAUAGCAAAUUUUGAAACAAAACUACAUACAGAGUGAGUUUUAUGUAUGGAAACACUCAAUUAUCUCGGAAACGGCUUGCACGAUUUUUAUAGAUUUUGGUGGGUAAGGGUUUUUUGAAGUGGCCGAUAUUAUAGUGGCAAUUACAUUGUUUUCAGGUUUUUCGUUUUCCCGAAAAUCUAAUGAACUUUCUUAUUUCAAAUGGAACACCCUGUAUAUUUUUUGCGUUUUGUCCUCGUCCUAGAGAAGUCCUAAAGAAAUACUGACAAUUUUUCAUGUUAUAUUCCCUAUAGGUACCUAAAUGCCAUAAUU